AUGACAAAUGCACUAUGCAAAGGAGGAGUUUUGUACUACGGAGGUUGGCGUUCUCCAGACGAUAAAUCUGUAGUAGUGAGCUUCAACGUUAGGUCUGAAGAGUUUGAACUUCUUGAUCUGCCUGAGGGAGUGAAAAUCAAUUUUCACCCUUUUUCUGAAAUGGUGUACUACAAAGGGGAAAUUGCUUUGUACUCCAAUGUGACUUUUGAUGGAGACGUUCAGGUGUGGAUUUGGAAGGAAAGUGAAAGAGAAUGGCGUGAAGAACGCGUUGAGAUUCCUAGAGAGAUUGCUGGUGGUAGGAAGUUUUCAUUCAAAGGUGCAAUUGGCACAGGAGAGCUUGUUUUCAAACUAUGGAGGUUGGUUAAUGGAUCACAUGUUUUCUUGUAUUACAAUCCAGUCACAAAAAUUCUCAGAGAGUCUAAGAUCGAAGGAGUGGCUGGAACGGAACAUUACUAUGUUGAAACCUUUUUGGAUCAUGUUGAUAGUUUUUUGCUUCCGUAA